GGCGGAGCUCUGCGACCCGGAAGCGGCGCGGGCCUCUUCCGGCCCGGCUCACGCGGCCGGCCCCUGGCGCUGCUCGCGUCCCCGCCGAGAUGAAGCCGAUCCUGCUGCAGGGCCACGAGCGGUCCAUCACCCAGAUCAAGUACAACCGCGAGGGAGACCUCCUCUUCACCGUGGCCAAGGACCCUAUUGUCAAUGUGUGGUACUCUGUGAACGGUGAGAGGCUGGGCACCUACAUGGGCCACACCGGAGCCGUGUGGUGUGUGGACGCUGACUGGGACACCAAGCAUGUCCUCACCGGCUCCGCUGACAACAGCUGUCGCCUCUGGGACUGUGAGACUGGGAAGCAGCUGGCCCUACUCAAGACCAAUUCCGCCGUCCGGACCUGUGGCUUUGAUUUUGGGGGCAAUAUCAUCAUGUUCUCCACCGACAAGCAGAUGGGCUACCAGUGCUUCGUGAGCUUCUUUGACCUGCGGGACCCGAGCCAGAUCGACAGCAACGAGCCCUACAUGAAGAUCCCUUGCAAUGACUCGAAGAUCACCAGUGCCGUCUGGGGCCCCCUAGGAGAAUGUAUCAUCGCUGGCCAUGAGAGUGGAGAGCUCAACCAGUAUAGUGCCAAGUCUGGUGAGGUAUUGGUGAAUGUUAAGGAGCACUCCCGGCAGAUCAACGACAUCCAGUUAUCCAGGGACAUGACCAUGUUUGUCACCGCAUCCAAGGACAACACAGCCAAGCUUUUCGACUCAACAACCCUUGAACAUCAGAAGACCUUCCGGACAGAACGUCCCGUCAACUCAGCUGCCCUUUCUCCCAACUAUGACCAUGUGGUACUGGGUGGCGGUCAGGAAGCCAUGGAUGUAACCACGACGUCUACCAGGAUUGGCAAAUUUGAGGCCAGGUUUUUCCACUUAGCCUUUGAAGAAGAGUUUGGGAGAGUCAAAGGUCACUUUGGGCCGAUCAACAGUGUUGCCUUCCACCCCGAUGGCAAGAGCUACAGCAGCGGGGGCGAAGACGGCUAUGUCCGCAUUCACUACUUUGACCCACAGUACUUUGAAUUUGAAUUUGAAGCUUAAGAAACUGGACCCCCACCCAGGACGGGGAAUGUUUCUCAACUAGGAUUCAGAAAACUUUAGACACUGAAAAAUAAAUUAGUUUGG